GCCAGUCACCAGUGAGUGUUGGUAGUGUGGGGUGUAUUUGGGAAGGCAUUCCGAAAUUACUUAAUGACUGACUUGAAAGUAGCAACUGCAUGCUUCUGAAACUUCGACGAGGAACAUCUGAAACGUGUUCUUCGCCGGGAAACCUUCCGUGUGUUGUAGAAAAGGCAAAUCGCGGUAGAAAAUCUUGACAAUGCUCUCUUACCGUUUGUUUUGGAAUCUCGGCGCAUGCGCAGAAGUGGCCGGUCCCUGAAAACUGAAUGUAAUGACAACAAAAUUAGUUGGCCAGAGAGAAGAAAGGGACAGAUACAACAAUCAAAGUUGUUUAAAUAGAACAUGAAGGCAAUGGAUCAAGCUGCACCAAUGAUAACGGUACCUGCCGGUGUGCUGAAGGAAUUCAUGUCUCCUGCCAAUUCACGAACACCAACACCACCUGCAACAGCUUCUGUAACAACUUCAGCAGUAAGCAAGUCAUCCACACCAACACCAGCAGCUUCCUCAAAUUCUCGAACUCCAUCACCCGCACUCCCAUCCUCCAGUGAAACUGCUUCUGCAUCUUUACACAUGGAAAAGUCAUCGUCAGGUUCUCCAGCUGUAGUGUCUUUAACAAACGGGGAUAUAAAUAGUGAUUCAUCAACUCAGGAUGUUGAUAUACGGAUGGAAUAUGAUACCUCGGACACAUCAAUGACAGAAAGUAGUAGAGCAGUAGACGAAAAAACAAGUGUAGAAGGUGCAAAUGAAGGCAUUGUUAAUGGAACUGGUGUCAAAAGACCAAGUGAUGAGGAUAAUGGCCUAAAGAAGCCAGAUUUAAAGAAAAUCAGAGUAUUUGCACCAGCAGAAGAAGAUGGCUUUAAAAAGGGAGAUAUUAGUAUAGCAGUUCAAGAAUUCAACCAGCAUCUGGACAAAGCUUCCAAGAAACUAGAAGAGGCUGGAAAGACUGACUUGGAUAACAUAAAAUCGGAUUCUUUUAAUAGUGCAAACACCUUUUUUAAUGACGACAAAACAAAUCAUACUGUACAGCCUCCUGCAAAUAAUAAUGUUAGAAAUUAUGAUGUUGAAGUAAUAUCAUCACCUAGCAAAGACAUAGAGGUGCUGCCUGUAUUGCCAAAUGACAAAGAUAAGGAUACAUUACCGCCAGUCUCUGUGGAGAAAGCACCAGCACAAGACAAGGAAAGUAAACAUAUAAAGAAGAAACUACAAAGGCUUUCAAGAAAAGAUCUUGAGAAUAUGAUAAUGAGACUUUUCAGUGAGAAGAUCUUAUACCAGACUGAAUUAGGAAAACUGAAGCAACUUUGUGAAAGAUCUGAAUCGACCUUAGAAACAAACCGCAAGAAGACCGCGCAGUUUCACAAAGAGGUUGAGGAUCUUCGGAAAGUGACCAACCGGUUGUCAGCUGAACAUGCAGCAAGAAAAGGCCAAUAUGUCGCCCCAAUCAGAAUCAAAAGAUCAGUUGGAAUACAAGCAUCUCCUCACAUUAUUAAUAAGGGUAUUUUACAUGCUAAUGGAAGUGCGGGUGUGAUUAAGACUAUUGCCCCAAGAGCCUCUGCCCUGGUUGGAGUGGGUAAUGCAACAAGUCCAAUUAGACCAACCACUGUACAAAGCACUGAUCCUCGAAAACAAAGUAUCCCUCCUCCAAAUGUCACAUUUAAUACGCAGAUGAUUCCAACUUCCAGCAGUACUAAUAAUGUAGUCUCUGGUGGACCAGUUGGCCUUCUGGCAUCUUCUCAGGGUGUUAGUAACAUUGCUACAAAUUCUUCUCUCUCUACUGUAACAAACCCUGUUGCCAGCAUUGGCACAGUUCGCCCCAGUGCAGGUCAGAUGCUGAUGGUUGCACAGCCGGGCAUGAUGCAAACAAUUCCAAGGGCAAGUGGAGCAGGUGUUGUGAGUAAGACAACAUCAGCAGUAAUCCCUGUGGCGCAAAGAAGAGUUGUUCAUACCUCAUUAGUAGGAAACAGAGUGGCAGCACCACGUCCUGCUGGUCUUGGGCCAACCCCUGGAACACUCGUGAAAGUACCUGUAACUGGUACAACUCAACUUGUAGCAAUACCUCAAGCUGGUCAAGUUGUUCUCCUGCCACCUGUCUCAGGUGGUCAACCAGCUACAGCAUUGGUAGUCAGUAAUGUGUCCUCAGGAGUCCAGAGCUUGCACAGUAUGACCACUCCAGCAGUUGCCCAGUCACGCAUAGGACCAGCUGGAGGGAGCACAUCAAGUGGAUCAAGGGUUGUGGGUUCCGUUGUCCAUUCAUCCACCACAACCACCUCAUCUUCAUCUUCUCAGCAGCUACGACACCCAGCACCACUACCUAAAACACCAUUCCAACAAGUUGGUGGCAUAACAAAGAAAUUGCCACCUCAGCCAACCCUCAAAUUGUCACAUAAAGAUAAUAGUAUUGUCCUGUCAUGGACUAUGGGAAAGACAGAAGACCAUGAAACAAUAGCUAGUUACCAGUUAUAUGCAUAUCAGGAAGGAACAGCAGCUCCAAGUGCAUUGCUUUGGAAAAAAGUUGGAAGUGUUAAGGCUUUGGAACUACCAAUGGCUUGCACUCUAACACAGUUCAUGCCCGGCCAUGUUUAUCACUUUGCAGUAAGAGCAGUCGACAUAAAAAGUCGGCUAGGACCAUUUUCUGAACCUCGCAGUAUCAGGCUUGACAAAUGAGCUUGUAUGAGAGGAUCACAUCGCAUUACAUAUUAAUAUGUGUGAGCAUAUUCUUGCAACAAUUGCCAUACACUUGUGUGGUUAGGCAUCAUAUUCACAAGGUGUUUUACCAAAGAAUUCACUCUUUUGUUAUUACAUUCAUAAACUCAUUUCAUCUAAUUAAAUGUGGGUACCAGAUUUUUGGGAAAAAUAUAAAUGGUAGAUAAACAAACCUGGAAGUAAAAAACAAAACAAAAAAAAAAAACAAAAACAAAGAUCUCAUGAAUUUGUUGCUCUCACUUGGGUCAAAUGGACUUUCUCAUUAAGAAGCAAAUGGAUUUAUGAAAUAAUAUGUAAAAGCUAUAUUCAGUCAUAUAAAUUUGUUUAUUUGUAAACAAGUUCAGUUUUGUGAAAGGUAAGAAGAAAAGAAACAUUCUGUGGUUAAUUAUGUUUAUUCAGAGACCAUACUCAUACACAUUAUUUUAUUAAAGAAAUGACACUGUGUCAGCUCUAAAUGAUUUUGUAGGUAGAUCAUAUCAGAGCAGAUGAUAUUUCCUUAAACUUGUCAUCACAUUUUUUAAAACAGUAACAUAACAUAGUACGGUGUUAGAGACUUCAAGUCUAAUUGUAGCAUAUACAAAUUAUUAAAAUGCAAGUUUUUUUUAUAGAAAUAAAAAUGAUAAUAACCUUUUAAGCAACUGUACAAAACACUUGUAAGUAUAACAACAAUGUCAGAUCACAGAGUCUAAAGUUAGACUGCACCAUUUUGCCAUUUCAAUUUCUUUUAAAUUUGUAAACAAAAAAAAGAACUGUAUGUGUUGAUGCUUAUAUUUAAUAAAGUUGCGAUAGUUGUGUUGUGA